AUGUCCCAACGUGUGCUUCUCCUUGGUGCCACCGGCCAGACCGGCAGUUCCAUCCUUAAUGGGCUCCUUGAGCACGGCGGAUAUGAAGUCGCUGCGUUGGUUCGCCCUUCGUCAGCUGAAACCCCGAAAGUGAAGGCCGUGGCCGAACGAGAUGUGAAGAUCAUCGCUGCCGAUAUCACUGGCCCGGUGGAUGAGUUAGCCAACAUCCUCCGUGGCUUUGAUGUCGUGAUUAGCGCCAUCGAUGCCUUGAGCAUGCAUCUUCAGGAGAACCUAGUCACCGCUGCAAAGCAGGCCGACGUGAAACGGUUUGUACCGUGCUCCUUCAUCACUGUUUGUCCACCAGGCGGCGUGCUUGGUUUGAGAGAUGAGAAAGAAGCGAUAUACCAGCAUAUCCGCAAGCUCCACCUCCCAUACACUAUUGUCGACGUCGGAUUCUGGCACCAGGUCACCUUUCCAACUGUCCCAUCUGGCCGCGCAGACUACGCCUCCAUGUUUGGGCCCAGCACGACCAUCCACGCAGGCGGCAACACCCCAACCCUCCUCACCGACGUCCGUGACAUAGGCCCCUUCGUCGCGCGCAUUAUCAGCGACCCCCGCACCCUCAACCAAGCAGUCUACACAUGGUCUGACGUGCUGACUGAGAACGAAAUUUUCGACAUGAUGGAGGAGCUGAGCGGCGAAAAGAUAGAUCGCACCUACAUGUCCGCAGAGACAAUUGAGACAGCCAUUGCGACCUUCAAAGAGACUCUUGAGAAGGAACCAGAAAACAUACCCGCCCGUCUUGCACUAAACCUGUUCCAGUAUUUUUCCAGUAAAGCUAUCCGGGGUGACAACCAGCCGAAGUAUGCGAAGUACCUGGGUUACUUGGAUGCCAGGGAGCUGUAUCCAGACUUUGAACCGAGGAGCUUCAGGAGCUUUUUGGAGGAGGUCCUCGAUGGCAAGGCGGAGAGGGUGUAUAAGGACCAUGACGGUGCUGGACAGUUGGCGAAAUGGCUUUCUGCGUCGGGGUUACCCCUUUAG